AUGGACUUAUGGGAAGCGCGCUCAACACCACUGUGGCAAAGGAAGAUUCAAGAUGGUAUGGAGAUGAUGAGAAUGGGAGUCGAACUGCCGUCCAUGGAAAUGAGCAAUGAGGCUAUGAAUCGGACACUCAGCAUCAUUCAUGGCCUAGCACUGGGACAGGUUCAACAAACCCGAUAUAUGCACAUUGCUUUUGGCAGCCUGAGCUGUUUUUUGGCUCUUAUGGUCAUUGGACGAGUCUGGUAUGACAGCUGGAGAGCGCAACAACUAAGUGUGCAACUGCAUCCCAGACGAUGGGCAUUUCUUUGGAAUCUUCAUCCUGCCGAGAGUUUCCCCCUGAUCAUCGGUUUUGCUAUUUUUUCUCAAUCUUUGUCAUUCACUUUGAUACAAGCAUUUGCAUUGCAGACAGUAUUUAUCAAUUCGUGUAAAACUUCAUCAAUGAUCGUAUUUACACAAAUCUUCAUGAUUGGAUGGUUUCACAUGGUUUUCGGAUUGGACAUAACUAUCCGGUCUCUCAAACCUCCAGCACUGAUUUCUAUUCGGAGAGUCUGGCCCACUGUCAUUUUUGUCGGCUUAUCAUUGGUUCUUACAAUUGCCACAUUUCUCUCCACUCUUAUUCGGCCUGCUAGAGAUCGUUGCUUUGGAGACAUCAUCUUCCGUGCGAUUCGAAACUCGCUUCUAGGAAUUGUGCUCUGUGGCAUCAUGAUUCCGUCGUUUUUGGCCAUGGCCUUAGUUAUUGGGAUACGUCUACAUAAAACGGUCUUGAUGGAUCAUAAUGAGCGCAUUGCCGGCACUCGCAUGGUGUAUUACUUGGUUGAGGCAGCCGUCUUCUACAUCAUGAUCCUCCCGUUCUGGAUACAAGCUAUGACCGGUACGUUCGACUCAAGUCUUACGACCUCCCGUAUAGCAGAGUUUGUGCUCUUCAGCGCUGGAGCCGUCAUCUGCUUCACUCACUUCUUUCUGCGCGCCAACGCGGCACGUACAGCCAUCAAGCCCAAUAGAACUCCGUGGGUUAGAAAGAGAAAGUUCAGAUUCUUUGGUCCCAACGACCUUGAACUCAUCAACAUCAGCCCGCCAAUUAUGCAAAAAAUGGAGUACGAGCCUGACGAUAAGGGCAAGAUGCCAACGUGGGGUGUAACUCAACAUCAGAAGAUCAUUACCACGACGUCUCUCACAGAUUCAUCUCCCGGAUCGAGCUUCAAGUAUCCUUCAAGGCCUGGACCAGCUGUGCUCAGGAGACAUUGGCCAUUAUUAGACGAUAUGGAAAGGCCACCUACACCUGCAAAACCAAAAAACAAACCCAAGUUGUCAGCGUCGCAGCCGACGCAUAAGAAGAAACCAAGCUAUUCGUUGUUUCCAGGCGACGAUGAAUUUCGUUUGCCAGCGACGGUUUAUUCUCCGGAAAAAGCUACUGAAUCAGAGUUGAGUGCUGCAGUUGGCAGCAACACGAGCGCCGCUUUAACACUUGCAGUCGUUAAUCUCCAGCCACCUGCGCCUUUCAUGGGUGAAAGCGCACGAGACAGCACUGCAAGCACCGCAACCUUGCAGAUUGGCAUGAGAAUUUCGGCAACACCAAUAGCAGCCACAGCAAGACAACAGUCCACGCCUUCUAAGCCAAGUAUGAAGUCUAUGAUCGACAAUAUUGUUCAAGAGCCUUUCGCUCCACAGCCCCUAAAAUCGAACCCCAUUCUAGCAUCCCCAUUAUCUCAAGAGCCAUCACCUUUUAUCAAUCGGCGAGAUUAUCCUCAUUCUGCGCAACGGGACAGUUUUGUAUCACCUGACUGGCCAAGUCAACCGGACAACUAUGCCUGGCUCGAUCUUCGAGACAACUGUUUUAAGAACCCAACUCGGAGUGAGCGACUUCUUAGUGUCUACAUCUCGCAGAAAGAAUCACGGCUCAGGCAAGCUGAGUCCAAUAGGCAAGAGCUCGCAAACCUAGAACGAAGCGGCAGCGGUGCUUCUCGCGUGAGAAUUCGUCGCGCAUAUCCGAAUCCUACUGCUUUGGACUCUUCACCUUCCACGAGCGUACGAAACGGUUUCUUUUAA